AUGCGAGGGCUGGUGGCGCUGCUGGCGGCGCUCAGCUGCGCGGCCCCGGCGGGGCGGGCGGCAGCACCCGGCGGCGCGCUCAGCUCCAACUCCAUCAAGGGACCCCCACCGGGGGUAGGGGCCGAGGCCAGCGCCCCCCCCGUCGCCCCAUUCGACGGCAGCAACAAGCCACCGCCGGCCGCCACCCGGCAGCCUUUCCCCUGCGCCGAGGACGAGGACUGUGGUCCCGAGGAGUUUUGUGGAGGGGCGGCCCGCGGCGGGGGAGCCCCGCUCUGCCUCGCCUGCCGGAGACGCCGCAAACGCUGUCUGCGCGACGCAAUGUGCUGUCCCGGCACGACCUGCAGCAACGGACUCUGCACGCCCCCAGAGCCACCCCAGGGAGCCACUGAGCUGGACGAGAUCGGCGCUGAGGUUCUGACCCGACGAACGCCCGCUCCCGCCUGGCUCCCCACUGCCAAAGGUGAGGAGGGGGACUUCUGCCUACGCUCUUCAGACUGUGCAGCCGGGUUGUGCUGUGCCCGUCACUUCUGGUCCAAGAUCUGCAAGCCGGUGCUGCGGGAAGGGCAGGUGUGUACCCGGCACCGUCGGAAAGGCACCCAUGGCCUGGAGAUCUUCCAGCGGUGCCAGUGCGCCGAGGGGCUGGUGUGCCGCCUCCAGCGAGAGCAUGGCCCUGCCGAUGCCUCCCGACUGCACACCUGCCAGCAACACUGAGCAUCACUGGAUGGACAGGAUGGAGCAGACUCCAGCUCUGCUGGAGCAGAAGGUUGUUUCUCAAGGGAACUACUUUUAAGCAACUAAUUGCAGUACGUUACUGUGUUGUGAAUACUUGAGCUGGCACUUAGCUGUACAUAGCGCUGGGAUUUUUAAUGACUUUUUAUUCCGAGGGCGCUGCCAUGUGCCCUGCAACCCGUGACUGUGACUUUGUACACACUGGGAUUUUAAAUCUCGGUCAAAGAGAUGUGACCGUCUGUUUCUGAGCGAAUAAACCGUUCUUUAAAAUCA